AUGGUAGAAGACGCUCAUGCCAAUCCUCUGAUGCCUCUCGAGACUCCCAUCCUCAAGGUCUCGCGGUACGUGCACCUGCUGCCUACCUCUGUCGGACGUUCCUUGCUGACGAGUGGGACAUGCCAGGCCGGUUGCUGCUUGUUCGAGAUGUCGAAACGCGAAGAUCAAGUGCGAUGGCAAGCUACCGGCGUGUACGUCUUGCGAGAAGAACGGCAGGGCCGCCGAGUGUACCAGUACCAACGACCAGUUUGCCCGAGGCAAGGAGCGCAGCUAUGUCUCCACCCUGGAAACGCGCAUCGAUAGACUGCAGGCCAAGCUGGAGGAGACGCGAGCGCGCAAGCCAUCUGUCAUCUCCCUCCCCGACGACGAUCAAACCGUCAGCCGCCGGCCCUCACACCAAGUUCAGGAACCGCCAACGCCCACCCUCAGCAAGGCAAUGAGGCGUAGAGAAGCUACCGCCAUAGACGAUCUCGUCUCCGACUUUGGCUUUCUAUCCGUCAACGCCACAGCGAGAGACUUCUAUGGCUUUACUACCGCCAUGUCAUACGCUCGCUUGAUCCUGUGGGCCUGUUCAAAAGACCCUUUGCCCGAGAGCAUGACCCAGCCACUGCCACCUCGCUACACUGCCACUUCGCUCGUGCAGCACUACCUCAACAACGUAUUUCUGCUCCUGCCCGUCUUCGACGAGGCGAGCUUCUACGCCUCAGUCGACAACGUGUACUCUAGAAAUGCCCAUCAAGCACAGCCCCUCGAUCAUUGGCUCGUCCGUAUGGUGCUUGCCAUUUCCGCUGCUUCCAUGUCCGAACAACGCGGUGACCAGCGUUACAUGGAGGCUGUCGGCCAUGUGUGUGCUGCACUCGAGCAUGCCGAAGACGUGCUCCAUCCGGGCGCUAUCAGUAGUAUCCAAGCGCUCAUUUUAUUCACCGAGUACGCAAUGCUCGACCCUCAUCACUUCGACUCCUGGGGCUUGAUUGGUGCUGCUUCGCGAGCGAUGGUGGACCUUGGCUUGCAUCAGGAUCCCCCAAAGGGUACAGCGAUGCCCAAAGGCAAACUUGACAUUCGCCGGCGCGUCUUCUAUUGUGUCUACGCCCUGGAUCGGUCGACAUCACUUGUGCAGACCAGGGCCUUCUCAUUCUCCGAUGACAGCACAAAGGUGAAGAUGCCUUUCAACAAUAAGCAUGUUUCUGUGCCCACAUCUCCGGCUGCUUCGGCGUCGCAGACUUUGUGGCUUUCAUCGCACGAACACGCCGGCAAUCUAGUCGAUCUGCGCAAGCUACAGUCGCAGUGGUACAUGGAUCUCUUUCAGUCCGGCCGCAGUCGAUGGGAAGAGCCGUACCCAUACAUUUGGAGUACUUGCGAAUUGAUGCGUAAAUGGUUCGAGGGACUUCCGGCAUCCACUUCACCCAAUAUGCGUGCAUUCUUCGAGCUGGACCUCCUCUACUCAUAUGUUUACGUACUGUCGCCCUCACCCCGGGUUCCUGUGGUGAGCCCUUUUGCUCAGAAGCUGAUCUUUGAGUACUGCAUACAAUACGCAGACAUCAUCCUGCGGCUGAUCAGUGAUCCUGCGUACACAGCACCCCUCACGUUUUACGACGCCAUGAGGGUAUACAUGACGGGACGACAAUUCUUAGACGUCCUGCAGCACAACUUGGAUGGGCUUCUGCAUGGCCACAUUCCUCCCCACCCGGAGGUGAAGCCCACAUCGGCUCCGCCACCUGCUAUGCCAGUGGUACCUCUCAAGCCUGGCGACUCAGUGUUGCGAUGCAACAUCGUUCGCAGUAUCGAUUGCAUCAAGAAGAUCACGGAAAGCCUCUCCCGAUUUGGCGUCCGAUGGGGAUACAUGAGCUGGAAUCAACGGUACCAGAGCGAGACUUCGCCAAUGCUCGAUGAGCUCAAUCUCUGGCUCAGGGAAAUAGAGGGUCCUCGUGGGCGGAGUCUGUGGCACCAAAAUUCUACUGGCUCAGUCGAAAAUGGCGGGACUAUGUCAUUUCAACCAUCUCCGCCACCGAACAUGGCGACUCCGCCAGCGUAUCCGCAAGCACAUCUGCCGGCGCAGCAGACUGCCGGGAUGCCCCAGGCGCAACCAGUCCAGGUACGUAAAACGAGACCCAGAAUGACCUCAGCAGAUUCGUGCGCAGCGGCACUUCCGACUGGCCCUCGUGAGACAUGUGCUAAUUGUGAACAGAAGGUCAGCUCACCGCCACAAACGUCGCAGUAUCAGCCACAACUAGUUGGCCCUUCCGGCUUUGAAAUGGCUCAGUUCAUUGGAAACGGUGGCUAUCCUCAACCACAACAAUCUCAGUUUCAGCGAACAGUGUAUGAUUUCAGCCCGCCGCCGCUCCAUACACAAUACAGCCAGCAACCCAUGGGACAUUCUGGCAAUACCCAGCGCCCAAGUGCACAGUUCGCUACUUGGGGAGGAUAUGGCGGACAGGGAGGUCAACCUUCGACGCUGGAUGAUGAGAAUGCAGUACCGCCUGACUCCAAUCCUUGGAACAUUGAUGUGAAACAAUGA